UUCGGUCCACUUGUCGUUACAAUGGAGACACCAAGGAUUGCAGCCUCAGAGAUACCACAUUGUUCGUUGGAACCACGGCAAACGUUACAUGUGCUCCCAGUUACAAACCAAGGGGUCCGGUUUCCUGGCAAACUCGAACCUGCAUUGAGGUUCCAAGUGCCAAAUCACCAGUUUGGAGUAUGGAGAGCAAAAUAAAUCGCCUUGAAUGUAUUCCCGAAUGCGGCAUUAUAUUGCCAGCUGUGAAGGAUAUUCCUUGGAUUGUCAGCCUAUUCACCAAUGGCAUUAACAUGUCGAAUUUUAUCUUCAGAUGUCUAGGCAACAUAGUCAGUUCUUACUCGAUCCUUGUCGAAAAACAAUGCAUUGAUACUGACGAUGUGAUGAGAUAUUCCAUUGUUAUAGGCGAGCACAAAGUUGCCUUUAAUGAUUAUGAUGCUAGCCCAUAUAGGGUACGGUUUAUAGAAAGCAUAUAUAAAAGCCGACAUAACGCCCUCUUGAGCAUUGCUGAUCCUUUUAUAUUCUCUCCAUUGGUGCGACCGAUUUGCAUACCUCCAAUUCGUCAAUGGUAUGCCCUAUCCUCAAACUCAACAGCCUACACUUAUGAAAAGCUCAUCAAAAUUAACUAUCUCAUCAACAUCGAAGAUGAUAUACGCCAAGAAAUCAAUCUUGUUCAACAACACAAUAGAUUGAACAUAAGAGAUAUGUAAAGGAAAAAUAAGAGACAUAAAGGAAAAACAAAUUUUAUAUAUCC